GUGACGAUGGCGCGCGGCCUCUCCAAGUCCACGGUCGACGUGGGGUUGCCAACCACUCCGUCCCCUAGACUCCGAUCCAGUUCUCCCGACCAGAGAGCUUCCUAGUGGCCUCGUGGCCCCGAUGGAGUGCGGCACGGGCACGCCGAUCCUCGAGCUCGACGACGCGCACGGCAACGUCUACCGCUGCAAGCACUGCCACACGCACCUAGCCCUCACCGACGACAUCAUCUCCAAGGAUUUCUACUGCAAGGACGGGAAGGCUUACCUCUUCGAUAAGGUUGUGAAUGUGAGCGUUGGAGAAAACGAAGAUCGUAUGAUGAUCACAGGGAUGCAUACCGUUUCUGACAUCUUUUGUGUCCGCUGCGGAGUGAUUCUUGGAUGGAAAUAUGAGGUUGCGUUUGAGAGGACCCAGAAGUACAAGGAAGGGAAGUUUAUUCUGGCCAGAAAUCAGUUGCUGGGGCCUAAAUGAAGCCAUUGCCAGGUCCCAAAAGAUGCUCAGUGAUGUGGAUCGACUAAGGCGCGAAUGGUGUAUGUAUCUAUGAACUGCUGCAAUUCGACAAGCUCAUCAUCAAGCUUGUGUACUCAGCUCUGUGCUGCUGUACUUAGGGGCCAACGGGGUGGGUGUGCCUUCAUAUACAGACUGUCAGCUGUUUCUGCAUGUGUGUGUGGUUGUGCCAUGCAAAAACAAUUAACUAUUAACCAAAUAAGCUAUGUCAAUGAAAAGAUUGGUAGUUUUAUUUC